UGGAAGGUCAAGGACGAGAAUGAAGAGUAACUCGUGAGCAAAAUAUUGAGACACUACGAUUCUUUGCAAGUUUUAUCAGGUUUCCUACAAAAUGGACAACAUUGACAUCAAACCAGGGCAGAAAGUACUCCUUGUUUGGGGUGGACAGUCAUCGGAAAAUAUUCAAGAUAUUGUCCAAUCUUUGACCAACCAAGUAGGAGAAUCCGGCAGCAUCCAUGUGGAACAUGUUGAGAGACUUACACAGUCUUCACAUCCCAACUCGGUGUUUGACGUAGCAGUUUGUGGCCUGCAUCAACCUGGGGUCAUCCAACAGGACAUGGACAGACUCGGGGAAAUCUGCAGGAUACUGAAGCCGGUCGGUAAACUCUACAUCAGGGAUGCUGUCUCCGACAAUGCCAGUGGAACUGUACAGACAACAGACAAGAUGGUGUCAACACUGAAACUCUCAGGCUUUGUCAACUUGUCAGCUCCUGUUUCUCUACCUCUGAGUGAUGAUGACAAGGCAGCCCUACAGAAUCUGUCAUCAGACAAUGGCUUGUCACUAGUUCAGAUCACCGCAGAGAAGCCUCACUAUGAAGUCGGGUCCACUACACAGCUCAAACUGUCAUUUGCAAAUAAACCUAAAGCAGUGGAUGCCAGUGUAGCCAAGGUGUGGUCGCUGUCGGCGGAUGAUGUGAUGGAUGAUGAGGUGGAGCUUGUUGAUGACGAUGCUCUCCUGGAACAAGAUGACCUGAAAAAGCCUGACCCAGCCUCUCUUCGAGCUGAUUGUGGUGCAAACCCCAAGAAGAAGAAAGCUUGCAAGAACUGUACGUGUGGGCUGGCAGAGGAGCUUGAAGAAGGGGCUGAGAUCACGCCCAAACCCGUCACAUCUGCCUGUGGAAAUUGUUACCUUGGUGAUGCAUUCCGGUGUGCCAGUUGUCCGUAUCUCGGCAUGCCAGCCUUCAAGCCAGGCGAGAAGGUCGGCCUCAGUGACAGACAACUGAAGGCAGAUGCCUAGUCACAGGUUGUGAAUCAGUGAGAGUGGCCUGUGUUACAACAGAAACGACAACAGGAAUGAGAUUAGGAGAUGAUGGUGACAUCCCACAUUUAUACUGUCUGCCAAGGGUUCAUAGUUUGGCAAUCGAACACCAGAGAAGACAUUUUAGCAUUACAAGAGUUGUGCAAGUUUCCUGGUACUGGCUAUUACCCAUGGUAUUGUUAGUGUAUUAUUUCUGUUGAUGUAUUUUUUAAAAGAACUCAGGUGUCUAUUUGGUUCUUGCUGUCACCAGGAACCUAUGCUGGUCGUAAGGGACGACUUAUUGGAUCGGGUAGUGAGACUUGAUGACUUUGUAUAUUGAGUGUCAUCAUAUCCUGAAGACAUUGAGUGUUGCUCUUGAUAUCAAUCACUAGAGCAGACUCAAUUAUUUACAGUCCGCCAUCAUAUAGCUGGAAUAUGAGUGGGGUAUUAAACAACAAACGAAUAAAACUCUAAUUGUCCUCUUUUUCUUUUCCUCCCCAUGGGGAAUCCAGGUCAGAACAGGUCCCCAGCAAUAUAUGCUUGUCGUUUGGGGCGACUAAAUGGUUAACAUGCUCUCUGACUCGGUGACCUGGUUGAUUGGGUAUCAUGAUACCCCGAUGGCAUCAGUGCUCAUAUUGAUCACUGUUUUGUCGGGUCCAGACUUGAUUAUUAACAGGCCGCAUUUCACAUUUCUUUUCUUGUGUUGUGACAGGAUGAACUAGGUACCCUCAUGAAAUGUUGAGUGGUGUAUAAUAUAAUCAUUGAAGCAGGUACAGGAGUUUUGGGUGAAAUUUUUACAGCGACUUGCAUGCAUGUGUGGGUGUAUGUGUGACUGCUUGUACUAGUCAGGGUUGAUACCUCUAUCAUUGAGAUCCCAUGCCGCAGUUUAACAUGUAUACCCCUCCCAGACACAGUAUACAGGCCCUUAGCUGGCCAGUCCUUGUUUUAUCCCCCUAAGUCCACUAGACCUGGGAAGUGAGAGAACUUAGGGUAGGGAUGUAGUUACUUGAAAAGUUAUCUCCCUUUGGCCUUCUUUCCUUGGUAUUUUAAAAGUUUUGACUUGUGUUCUAUAUAUCUCAGUAAGUUUUAACAUCACCAAGUCAACCAUUGGAUAUCCUUGUUAUUGAUCUAGAAUGGCAACAAUGAGAUACACAUACCAACAGUAGACAGAAGAGAAUGAGUACAUAUCAGCUGAACCGUGAAGAUCCAGGGUAGAAUAGGUCUUCAGCAACCCAUGCUUGCCAUAAAAGGCGACUAUGCUUGUCAUGAGAGGCGACUAACGGGAUCGGGUGGUCAGGCUCGCUGACUUGGUUGAUGCAUGCCCAUGAUGUCAAACACAGGGAUUGACUGGUCCAGACUCGAUUAUUUACAGACCGCUGUCAUAUAGCUGGAAUAUUGCUGAGUGCGGCGUUAAACAACAUACCAACCAACAUAUUUGCUACCUGCCAUCAACACUACAUCAAUAUUUCAUCAUGUCAAAAUGGAAAAAGAAUUUAUUGCAUGUACUGACACACUUUGAAAACACAAUUUGCAAGUUUCUUUUUUAAAUAUCAUUGUCAGUACUUAACAUGUUUGUGGACUCUAUGUUCCUACAUCACCCGGAAAUACAUAGGCAUUAGUAAUAUUUAACCAAUGAAUCAGGAAACAGCCUUGUGCCAGUGAGAGGGAACCAGCAAGUGCGUAGAUUACAUUACACAAACAACAAUAUUUCUCAUGCAGCAUGUGCUACAGCCUUCCGAACUGUCAUCUUCCCGUGUAAUCAAAUAACGAAAACAUUUGCGAUUUCAUCCCUGACUCAAAAACAUAGGCAAUCGCUGGUGGGUUUAAAAGAUGAAAAGACAUAUUCAUGUCAACAAAAACAGGCAGUGGUAAAUCACUUUCAUAAGAAGGUGUACCAGUCGUGGAUGGGGAUUUUGUGAAACAUUCUCUGAUUUGACUAUAAAUAUGUGCGAUAAUCCAAUCAUUAGCACAGAAACAUGGGCUUGAUGUGGCAAGGGUGGAAACAGGACUUUGAUAAAAAGGCUAGUGGACGCUCUUGCCUUGGAAAGAUUCGCGGACAUCUACUCUCUAUACAUUACUUCAAUAUCAGGCAAUGAAGGGGGUUCUCACAAAGUUCAUGCACAAAGUAGGGCACUUUUGAUUUCCAUGAGUUAUACAUAGCCUUCCCUAGCUGACUCCAAGUUGCCAUGCAAUUACGGGUCUAAAGUGUUAUCGGUUGAUUGAUAAAUGUGGUGUAUAUGAAUCCUGUGAAGUGCUCAUGAUGUGUGGAUAUAUAUUAUGUAGUAAUCAUCUGGUGAUUGAUUUAUUGAUGCAGUGAUGUUUUUAUGGACAGAACCAUUGUAACAUUAAACCAGGCUCAGGUAACAAUGGGGGCACAGGUGGCCCAGUAGCCACCAUUUGCUGUGCAGAGUUGCAUCCCUUGAGCACACCCAAAACCUGUGAUUGUGGGUUCAAAUCCCGGUUUGCUCUGAUCAUGUUUCUAGAUUUGUCAGCACCAUGCCAGUGCUAGGGGGUGGCACUGGACUGGUAAACACUUGAGACCUGCAGAACUUCAGCCCUUCCUCACACAUCAAGCUGACAUGCCGCGAUAUAACUGGAAUUCUGGUCAAAGGGUGUUUCAGUAUGCCUUAUUUGGUGGUGAGAAACGGUAUUUAAGAGUGUUCCACCUGUCCUCAUCUGAUAUUAGAGUGACUAGAUCUGAAGCAAGGUUCCUCUAUAAGGCCAUGUUUGCUGCAUAUAUUCUGUAUACUGAAGACAUUAUUGUGAAUUUGAAUGUUUUACCUUGUAAGUUUAUUUUGUGUUUAUCUACUGUAUCCUUUCAAUGACAUGAACUACAUAUGUGAAUACAGUGUUUUGUUUAUGCUAACUAUCAAGAUGGGUAGAUGACCCAGCAGGGGCAGAGUUGUGUCCCUUACUUGGCCAGGAUCCUUGGUUGAUGGUUGAAAUGUAAUUAUGGUCCUUGGUUUGUUUGUGCCAUGUCCAUGUUCAUGUGAUUUUCCCGAAUGGGUAAAUAUCUUGGUGGACCUUCCUGUCCCAAUAAGCCAUGAUGUAACUGAAAUACAUUUGAAAGUGGCAUAGAACCCAACUCACUCACUCACUUACACUCUUGAUUAUAUAAAUUAUGGAAAUAUUGUCACGCAAGAUGGAGAAACUUACGGAAGCCCUUUAGGGCCAUUUGUUUUUUUCGAUACUAUCUUGAAAUUUCAAGAUACAGAAGUUGAAAUUUCAAGAUAUUAUCUUGAACUUAGUAUCUUGAAAUUUCUACUUAGUAUCUUGAAAUUUCAACUUAAUAUCUUUAAUUUAUCAACUUCUGUAUCUUGAAAUUUCAAGAUAGUAUCAAUUUUUAAAACAAAAACAAAUGGCCCUAAAAGGCUUCCGUAGAAACUGGCAGCAGGUUAACUGAAUGUAAAUAUUAAAUAAAGAAUCGCACAACA